AGUAUAUUUACGUAACAGGUUAUAACAAGAUAUAUAUACACGCGGCCUUAUUCCAUUUCCUCACGCAUGUAAACUCGUAAAGUCAAUAGUGUAGUCUAUAUACUCUAUAUAGCCUUCUCUGAAAAGCAGACAUUGGUCUAGUUAGGAUUGCUUAAUUUUUCCGUACAUCUUCGGUACAUUGCUGCUGUAUAUAGUACCGAGGCAGUAUUAGCGGUCAUUUAAUAUUACAUCAGUCACGGGCAAAUUUUAGAUUUUUUUUUUCGCUUGAAAGAAUGGCUGCUCAGUGGAUCCGCCAGAUUACGUUUCUAAAGGCUGUUGGGAUUCGACUAUACAGCAGUAAUAUUCACAAGUGCACUCUCAUUCCUGGAGAUGGCAUAGGACCAGAAAUUUCUGCUGCUGUGCAAAAAAUUUUUGAAGCGGCUAAGGUACCUAUAGAAUGGGAAUCAGUAGAUGUAACACCCGUUAGAGGACCAGAUGGAAAAUUUGGUAUACCUCAAGCAGCUAUUGAUUCAAUAAACAAAAACAAAAUCGGUUUAAAAGGACCUCUUAUGACUCCAAUUGGCAAGGGUCACCGAUCUUUAAAUCUUGCGUUAAGAAAAGAAUUCAACCUCUAUGCUAAUGUUCGUCCAUGUCGAUCCUUAGAAGGUUACAAAACUCUUUAUGACAAUGUUGAUGUUGUUACAAUCAGAGAAAAUACUGAAGGAGAAUACUCUGGUAUUGAGCAUGAAAUUGUAGAGGGAGUUGUACAGUCUAUUAAACUUAUCACUGAAGAAGCCUCAAGUAGAGUAGCUGAAUUUGCAUUUCAAUAUGCUCAAGAUAAUAACAGAAAAAAGGUAACAGCUGUGCAUAAAGCAAAUAUUAUGAGAAUGUCAGAUGGUCUUUUUUUGAGAUGCUGUAGAGAAGCUGCUCAAAAGUUUCCUAAUGUUAAAUUUGAAGAAAGAUAUUUAGAUACUGUUUGUUUAAAUAUGGUCCAAGAUCCUAGUCAAUAUGAUGUUCUUGUAAUGCCCAAUUUAUAUGGUGAUAUUUUAUCUGACAUGUGCGCUGGACUAGUUGGAGGUUUAGGUUUAACUCCAAGUGGGAAUAUUGGUUUAAAUGGUGCUCUUUUUGAAUCUGUUCAUGGAACAGCACCUGAUAUUGCUGGACAAGAUAAAGCCAAUCCUACAGCCUUGUUACUAUCUGCAGUUAUGAUGUUAAAGUAUAUGGGUUUAAAUAAUCAUGCAAGAAUUAUUGAGCAUUCUGCUUAUGACACUAUUAAAGAAGCAAAAUAUUUAACUGGUGAUUUAGGUGGUUCUGCUAAAUGCAGUGAAUAUACUAAUGAAAUAUGUAAAAAAGUUUCUGGGCAAACAAAAUAAUAUUUUAAAUCGCAUGAAUCUGAUGGAAUAAGAACUGCUGAAUACUCGUAGAAUUUAUGCCUAUGACAAAUGUCUAAAAGUUACGCAUUUGCUGAUCUCUUUCAUAAUAUUGUUUUAUUGUUAUUAAAGUAUACAACUAAUAUUGGAAAGAAUAUAAAAAAGUACCAAAUAUUUAAAUCAAAGUUUAAAAGUAUUUAAUUGCGUUAGUGAUUAAAUGUUUUCAAUUUUAUUUUCAUUUUAUUAACAAAGCAUUUUAAUUUUAUGCUGAAAUGUUUUGCAAAUUUACUUAAAAUCAAGAUGAACUUAUAUUUUAUAGUUGUAUGAAAACAUUUUAGUUUGUUCAUCAUAUAAUACAAAUUUAAAAAAUAAUAUAAUUAUAUAAAGUAAUUAAGAUUAUGAAGUAUAAAAACAAAACCUUAUGUAUUAUAAAAAACAGUUAAUAAAAUUAAAUUAAAUUUGAUGGGUUGCAGUGUUACAUGUAAAAAAAUUUCCCUUUAUAUGGAAAUUUGUGUCAAGUUUUAAGGGGAUGUCGUAGCUAAAAACACUGUUUUUCUAUCACACAUAGUUUUUUUAAAUAAAACAUAGUGUUAAGACUAAUAAAUCGUUCUACGGAAGGAAAUUUCGAUCAGCGGAAAUACGAACAGAUGUUUACGCAAUUGGAGCUAACCUCAAAAUGAUUGUCACAACUCAAUUCCAGAUGAAACUUUUCAAAUAAAACUUGCCAUGAAAAACCGAAUCUGUAGCGUCAUAGUGUUAAGGGGAUGUGGGAGCUAAAGCUUCCAAAAUACGCCACGAGGUAUUUCGUAUUUCAAAUGCCAAAAAAAAACUAAAAGUCUAAUUAACUUUUUCUUUUUGGUAGAAUAAUUAAUUAAACUUAAUAGAAUGGCGCUGUGCUAUUUAUAUUGAUAGAAAUUAAAAUAGUAAAAAGUUUAUUGUUUCUACUUAGUUUUAAGGUUAGCGCUGAGAUCGCGUAAACACCCAUUCGUAUUUCAAAACUUGUUAAAAAACUAGAAGUCCAUUUGACAAUUUCUUUCGAUAAAAUGAUUCUUUGAAUCAAAUACUAUUGUGCUCUGGUGUUAAUUUUUCAUUGCACGAUUUAUUUAAAAAGUUUCAUGUCCCAGAAAAACAGUGUUCAUAGUAGUGUAGAAUACCGUCAGUAAAUUAACAAUGGCGUUAGGAAAACAUUGAAAUUAUAAAUCGUAUUAAAUAAAAAUUUGACAAAUUUAUUCCAAAUACGUAAUUGCCCAUUUAACUAUUUGAUUUCUUAUAUUUUUUUUACCAUAGUUUGUCACCUAUAUAAAUAAUUAUUUGAAUGAAUUAUAUCAUCAUCAAAUAAAAAAUUAAUAGUAAAUAAAAACCAGUUUAUACUUGCCUACCUUUUACUUUUUGAGAAAGGUUUUAUUUUUAAGAUUUCACGAAUUUUUAAGGGUAAUCAAUUAUUAUAAUAAAAACUAUCCUCUUGAUAGAUAUAUUACAUUAUACCUCACUAACUUAAAAGAGAAUCAUCAAACUGGUGUUAAGAUAGUGAGUAUUAGUUUUAGUUCAAAAGCAACCGUCAAAUAAAAUUUGUAAAAUAAAUAGAUGUACAGCUAGAAUCUCCACAGCAAUACCUACAACCAGUAUCCACACAUACCUCAUAAACUACGGAGUGAUAAGUAACCCUCGAAACCCUUGACUAACGAGUUUCGACUAAUUAUGCUACAAAUUUCUAUGAAACUCUUGGAGACGACGUUCAUACUGUCCACCCUGGGCACCAUGUACCUCGGAGGCUGUUGCCUUCGUGAUAUUCGUGUUCAGCGACCUCAAAAACCUCCGAGUAGCAAAGCUGGACUCAUUUUAAUAAAUACUAUGCACCGAA